AUGCUAAAAGAGAAGCUGUUAAAAUUAUUGAAUUACUACUACUUCCUUAAAAACUACUAUAUUUAUCAUAUCCUUUUUGUGUAUACAUUUUUUUUAAGAAUAACUUACACAUAUGCAGAAAUAACAAUAUCCCAUUUUUUUACAUUUUUGUUAAAUAAAUAUGACAAUAUAGACACAAAUGAUAAUGACGGGAAUUUAUUUUAUUACUUUACACAUUUUUUUAAUUUUAAUAAUAAAAGCGAUGAUAAAUUUUUAAACACGAAGUUAUUUGUAGUAGUAUAUUUGCCAAUAUGUUUAAAAUGUUUUUAUACACUUUUUUUUGAUUACAUAUCAUACUAUAUAUAUAUGUAUUAUUAUUUUGAUAAAAUUAAUGAUUUUAAAAAAGUAUAUUAUUCUUCAAUACCAUAUGAACUUAGUAAACUUCAUCAGAAUGAAUGCAUAUAUGUAGAUCGUGAUAAAAAUGGAAAGGGAAAUAGAAGAGAAAGUAAGAAACUGAAGAAAAAUCCAAUUACUCCGAAAAAAAAAAUAAGAGCAUAUAUAAUUAGUAAAAGAAAAAAAAUAUCACAAAAUGAUUUUCUCAAUAAGCUAAAUGAUAUACCGUUUGAAAGAUAUAAGAUAUAUUUGUUAAAAAAAAAAAUUAAUGACCUUUUGAGUGGAAAAAGAAAAAGUGUAUUAACAAUUGGAAGGCAUAAUACAAAUGAAAUGAUGAAGCCAUUAAGUGGUAGGGAGUAUGAAAAAGAACAAAAAAGGUGUAUGAAAAUAAAAAUAGAAAAAUGUGAUGAUAAGCACAUAAGAGGUGUACUAAAUGGUAAUAGUAAUACUCGGGGUAUUGUUAAAAAAAACGUCUUUUACAAUUUAAAAAAAAAAAAACAAAAAAAAUAUAAUAACAGCAAUGGUGAGGACCUUUUGAAAAAUUCCCAAUUUAAGAAAAAGCACAAAAUAUCUAUCCUUGAAAAGGUAUAUAUGAAAAUGAAAAAAUAUUAUAACGGAGAACGAACUGGAGGGGAAUAUGUUAGUUUAACGAAUGAGGGCGAUAAUGAUAGUAUAAACCAUUCAAAUAAUAAAAAUGAAUAUAGUGAUAAUAGUUUUGCACCAAAGUAUAAAAAUUAUAUAUACAAAGAAAAUGUGCAUAAUUAUAGGGGGAAGAAUAACUUUUUAAAUUUUCGAUUAGACAGAAAAAAAAAAGCGUCAAAGAAUAAUGAUUGUUAUAUAAAAUUAGAGGAUACAGAGAAAAAUAGUGAUGUUAAAUACAAUGUGAAUGGAGAGUUAAAAAUACCCGAUAUGUAUUGUUCUAGUUUAAAUUCACAAUGUAGUAGUAAAAAUAAAAGUAAAAAUAUAAAUAAUUUUGAGACAUAUCGUUUUGAAAAUAAUAAUAACAAACUAGUAAAUCCUAUAAAAAAUGAAGAUAUCGCAAACAGGCAUCAUCUCAAUAAUGAUAAUUAUUAUAAGGACGAUUUUAUGGAGAAAGUAAAUAAAGAUAAUAAUGGAAAGGUGAAAUUUGAUGAAUGUGAACGCGAAAAUGAUGAAAAAACAAAUGAAAAAAGAAGAAACUCGAAUAAAUCGUUAAAAGGAAGUUUAAAAAUUGACUACCUAUUUAAAGAUAGUAAUGAAUUAACAGAAAGUUAUAUCAAGUCUAAUGAAGAUAAUAAUGAUUAUGAAUAUUACUACUAUUAUUAUUAUAAUAAAUUUAAAAGCUUUCGUUAUGGGUCAGAAGACAACAAUUCAAGUAUAAGAGAAAUAAUAAAUAAUAAAAUAAAUGAAGAAUAUUAUCAUUUAAAAUUAAAUAUAUUAAUAUUAUCAUGUAUAAUAAUACAAGUUUUUAAUUCAUUUAUUUUAAUAUUAAUUUCGAGUAAUUUUAUUAGAAAAAAGGAAUAUAUAUAUAUUUUUUGUUUUUUAUAUUCACUAUUAGAAAGUGUAACAGAUGUUAUAUCUGAUAAUAUAUUUUUUUUAUGUGGUAAAUUUACAAAUAUAUAUAGAACGGAGUUUAGCUUAAAUACUAUAUAUGUUAUACAAGUUAUAAGUAAAAUGAUUUUAAGCAUAUCUACUAUAUUUAUUUAUUUUGUUUAUCAUAUAUUUUUUAUUUUAUAUGAGCAUGUGAAUAUUAUGAUUAUAAAUACAUUUAUUAAAGCGUUAUCCAUUUUUGUUUUAUCUUUCAUCUUUCUUAAAAAUAAGGAUAAAAUAUUAAAGCACAGCCAAAAUGAAUAUAUAAUAAAUGCGAAUUUUGAUGAAAUAAAAGAUGAACUAGAUAAUAAUGAUAAUAAAACAAAAUCAGUGAAUUCGUUUAGUAAAAAAUCGAGUGUGUCUAGUAAAAGUACUUUUGAAUAUGGUGUAUUAGAAGGGGAAAAACAAAACAGCUAUAGAACACUGCGGAGAAAUAAUGAAGAAAAUAUAUGGCCAGAGGAUGACGAAACAACAAAAAAAAAAAAUGAAUAUAAUUUUGAUCAUGUAAAUAAAAAUAACUGGGAAAGCUACUACAAUAACGGAAUUAAAAAUUACACUAUUCCAAGUUUUAGAAACAAUAUUUUCGAAGGUGGAGAAUUAAAUAUAGACGAUUUAUUAACACACACAAUAUAUAAUGAGAAUGAUGAAGAAAAUGUAUAUGUAUAUUCCAUUUUUUAUAAAUUAAAAAAAAUUGUAAUAGAUAAUGUUAAUUAUAUCAAAAGCGGAUGUUGCAAAUUAAAAGAUAUUGCUACAAGAGGACAAAAAAUAUAUCAUUUGAAUUCGAAAGAUGAUUAUACACUACUUACAAUAAUGCCUUCGAAAUAUGAAGAAGAAAUAUAUCAUAAAAAAUAUCAUAUGGACUAUAAAACAAAUAAUAAUAAAAAAACAUCAAUUAUUGAAAAUAUAAAGAAUGCAUUCAAAAAUAAAGCUUUUAAUUGUUAUCCAAGUUUUAAAAAUUCAUUUAUUGAGAAAUAUAAUUCUUUAAUUGAAAAGGAUAUGAAAAUUAUUGAACAAGAAAAAAAAAAUAUUAAAAAUAGAAAUGGAAAUAAUAUAUUAAACAAACUAUAUAGUGAUGAUACUAUACAAUCAGAAAAUGAUAAUAAUUUUACAUAUACCAAACAAAAUAAAAGUCAAAUUAAACAUCAUAAAAAAAAAAAAAUUUUUACUUAUCCUAUUAAAUUAUUACUAAACAAUUUAAAUUUUUCCAAUAUAUUUUACAUAUGUCUAUUAUUAAUAAUCCCUACUUUUGAAAGAAUAUUUUUAAAUUAUAAAAUUAAAAAUAUUCAUUUGGAUAUGCGUUCAUAUUGUUAUUUAAAUUUUGCGGGUUAUGUAACGGAUUUAGUUGGGCUAUAUAUUUAUAUUAGCUAUUUUAAUGAAGAUUCUUACACUUCAUCCAUUUUUAUUAGUUCCAUCAUUAAUAUAUCGCUUUUGUCCUUGCGUUUUAUUUUAUUUCAAAAUAAAUUUAAUCAGCUUUGGUUAUUGUUUUUGGAAAUAAUAUUGAAAUCACUUCAUAAGACGUUUUUUUAUAUUCCUAUUUAUAUAUUGGUCACUAAGGCCUACAUAAAGAGCAUAUAUAAUUUGAUGUGCUCCUUUUAUUCGAGUAUGUUGGACGCUAGUUCCUUCGUAUCCUACUAUUUUGAAUAUCUGAUACUAAGUUACUAUAACAUGGAAGAAUCGAAAGAUGUAUUUACCUUAGUAUAUAUAAUUUUUUUGGCACUGCAUUUGCUAUCAAUGGUGAUUAUUUUAAAACUCAAAAAAACGUAA